AUGAAGAAAACAGCAGCGCUGGCCUGGUCCGCGGCAGUGUUAGGCCAGCUUGUGGCUUUACUCGUCGAUUCACAUACAGAACCACACGCAAUCACUGUUGCUGGCAGGGAAGAAUACGGUAAUAUCCUAGUCAUUAAGCUAAAUACCGACUGCAGUACUCACCACUUGCUCAACUCAUACAAAAUUCCUACAGCAAAAUGCGAGGUCCAAGAGCUGCAAAGGUUGGCAAUCGAUGUGAGGUGUAGUGCCCUGGUUGUCCGCCCUGGAGAAGGGUUUACGGUGACAGCAGCCGUAACGGAUGGUCUCGCGCAGCUUCGACAUGGGAAACCCAUAUGGCUUGGACUCCAAUUUUCACCAUCUUCUGGCUUCGAUGGUGCCCAAGUGUCUAAGGGGUCUCCCGGUCUAGUGUGGGAGAAGCUAGAAGGAGAUAAAGCUGCUUGGGCACUCGAGUUGCUUCAGCCAGGAGAAUUCCGUGCCACCGUGAUUGCGCGCACAGUUUGCAGUUCUCAGCAUCAAGCGUUGAAGCAAACGGAAUCUUCUUCGUGCUUCCAGCCUUUGCCCCUAGCACAUCAAAACGAGGUUAAGGUCAAAGUUGCAGAGAUAGCUGCUAGGCUGAAAGUGUCGUGGGAUAAGCCACAAACCAUAAGAGCAUUCUCAGACACACGGAAUGCACAGUAUGGCGCUCUCCAGGUAUCAGCGUUGGCUCUUGAUGGAUCUGGAUUACUGAAUUUAUUCAAGGGUACUGUGCAACUUUUCGCCGUUGACACCAACGGUGCGGGGUAUUCUCCGUUGCAAGGAAUUCUUGGAGGGACCACCAAUGCAACUCUAAAAGACGGUUUCGCUGAAUUUACCAACCUCGAACUGCUGCAAGCAGGCACAUUCAAAAUUGUUGCUGUUGCUGAUGGUGCACAAGCCGCAGAAACCGCCCCUCUGGUUGUGACUGCUUUGGUAUCUCGAGUUCUUAGGUUCUGUGAACAGCCACCAGCUGUGCUGUUGAUGCCGCGCCCUCCCCCAAUCAGACUUGCAGUGGAAGUUAUUUCCGCUAGGGGAGAGCGAGAUACUACCUUCGAAGGGCAGGUUCAGGUGCAGUUACAUGGGCGCAUUUUCGACCACCCGUUGCCAAAAGAUCAAUACAAGACACAGUGCCAUUUGGGACUGUGCCUAUGGAGUAGCUUUGUCCUUGUCGGUCCCCCAGGCAGCCUUCAAUUGAAGGCCACAGUAGUGCAGCAGACCAAGUUUGGAGCCUCUGACAGAGGUCUUGAAAGAGACACUUCAAUCCUCCCUGCAUUUUCGGCACCGAUUGAGCUAAAACAAUUGCGUGAAAUCCGGCGUUCAAAUGAGGCUACGACAAGCGAAGUUGCUACGCGAAAAGAAAUCGAAGGCAACAGUUUCUUCAGAGCAGGGCAACUAUGGGAUCUUGAAGUGGCUGUGAGCUCCACCCAGCUAGGCUUCAGAGACAUUAUUCUAGCCCAAGAAUACAGAGGACGAAAGCGUGCCAUAAUGCAGAGGCGAUAUGCCAGCAGUGCCUGGAGUAGCUGGACAAGAAACUGCAGCAUAAUUAGCAGAGCUCGUCAUGCGAGAAACCAGCAUCGCCUGCACUCGCUGCUCGAACGAGCAGGUGGCCCUAUCCGCAGGGCUGUCCAUCACAAGCUUCAUGUCGUUAUUGCAGAAUCCUGGCCCACGAAUUCAAUUGUAUUGAGUGGUCAUACUGAGAGCAUAACAGACACCAGUGGUGUGGCGCUGUUCAGCCGCCUAAGUUUACGGCUUCAGAACAAUAGGUCCUCAAACCAUCAUACACCGCCUUGGGUAAAGCUGCGUGUUGAAUGUCUGUCGUGUGAUGUAUUGAAAGGCGAAUACCGUCCCAGCUUAGAAGCAUCCAAAAUAUAUGUCGAUAUCUUUUCCGUGGUUGGUGUGUUUAGUGACCCCCUAGACGCUGCUUCCGCAAUUGUACGCCGACAGUCCAUGGUAGCUCAUACAACAAGGGAGAAGCACGGAAAUGCAGCCCUUGUUCUUCCAGGGCGUCCAGCACAACUGUGCGUACAGCUGUUUGAGAGGCCCUUCGCCGACGUAUUGAUAGCAGCUCAACAUGGACCCGAUCUUGUCAACUUGGGUGCCCCUAGGAUUCGCGUUUCCCCAUAUACCUGGCCGCAGCCUGCCUGCUGGCACUUUGCUGUUGCGUCACGGUUACGCCACCAGCAUACAAGUGGGCCACAUAACAAAGUAGCCUUCAAGCUCACCAGCGCAGACAUUGCAUACAACAGCAGUAAGAAAGUAAUUAGGUGGGGAGGUUUGGCCGCCUCUGAUGGGACAGUAAGAAUUAUUGUACUGCCUUCCCGUAUUGCUCUAAAGAAAAAUGGGCUACUCCAAGUACUGCAGAAACGAUACUCUAGCCAAGCUGGGACCGGGAAGUCUCAAGAGAGCGGACAGCCAAGAGGAACUCACAUGCGAGAUCAGCUACAAGCAUAUGGACACAUAUCUUUGCACCACCAUCUUAAUGCAGCGGGAAACCAAGCGGAACCGCCUGUUAUUCCACACCAGGGGCCAGGGUGGAAGGUGAACACCACCUUGCAGUGGCGGGUUCCAGCUUUAGCUGUUGAGCUGCUACCACCACAGACUCACGUUAUCCUAGAAUUACGGCCUAUUACCAAUUUCGUCUCCACAUUACAGAUUACAGGCCGAUGCGUGGACUUAGAUGCUGGAGGCACACAGCUGGCAGACGUGAACCAGUCGCUAUCCCCUCAAGACCUUAGUGCACUACAUGAAACAAAAACACAAGGGAGAAACGCAAUGCAGCGCUGGUAUCAAGUGGAGAUAGUGCUUGACUGGGACUCCUUGAAUCCAGAGAGUGCUGGGCUUCUUCAGCACCACGUGGUUUGCGAAUUUCAUGGUGAAGGAAGAGAUACGCCUCAUGUCGAAUUCGUUCCCAGAGCGUCGGUUGAGAUUAUUAUCUUGCGACGGCAGUGUGGCGAAGGUGAGAUCUUUACCUUUCGACGCAACUCAUGUUACCCAUGUCCAGAAGACUUUGAUUGCUCACUCGGUACUCCGAAGCCGUGCCUUCCCGGAGAGUUCAGCCCGACAGCAAAGCUUACCUGCGAAGCCUCAAGAGUAGAGAGAGGGGCGCUCCAGGCUGCUGCUGUGUGGCCGGAGCGUACAGGUUGCCCCAUGGGAACGUAUCUUCUACGCGGACCGGAGGAUUCUCUAAUUUGCUCUGUUUGUCCAGCGGGUUUCUCUUGCAACGGCAAAGGCAAGGAGCUCUGUCCUACUGGUACCUAUUCUCCUGUGAGCAGUGAAGUUUGCAUUCCAUGUCCUGAAGAUUCCGUCUGCAGUGACCCUGCAGAACAUCCAGUAAGGUGCCCCUUCGGAUGGCAGCGCAAAGGAGACGCGCCAGAGUGCACCCCGUGCCCUGCCGGAAGAAUGUGUAGCGUCUUUGGUGGCUACGCGGAGAGGGGAUCUGCCGAUGUCGAGUGCCAACUGGGAACUUACACAAAACGGGAGUACCCGGGAAUAUGUGUCCCAUGCCCGCCUGGGUUUCAAUGCCCAGACCCUAAAGAAAUGCCCCAAGAGUGUCCGGCGGGAACGAGCUCUUUGGGUGGCAGGCGUAAAUGCUCAUCAGCCCCUAUUGGCCUAAUAGUGGCAUAUGGUAUGGAGCAUUUGCCUCCACGGCCUUGUGAAAUCGGUCUAACGCCUGUUGCAGUACAAGGGCGUUGGUGGUGUGGAAUUGAAUAUGAAACUGAUAGCUCACCGAGCCAACAAACUAGAAGACCCGCGCGAUCAUCUCCGUCUCUUCAUGACAAUUUAUCCGGGGCGGAAAUGUUUGCAAAUCUUUGUACAGCGGAAUACAUAGACCAUGCCUCGUGUUUUGGAUCCGUCGUACCACCUAAAACAUGGUGCCCUGCAUAUCACCUAGAUGAGCAGAAAUGGCCCACAGAGUUCAACGAUGGACCAUUCUUUGGAGCUGGCGGGGGUUUUUCGCAGUACUUCACGUCCUGCGGCUACACGCAGACGGCUGACACUUCAUCAACCCGUGUAAAAUGUCGAAGGCCGUGCUGA